CUCGCCAUUCCGAUAAGAAAACUGAACUGAAACGCGCAAAACAUUAGCAAAACACAAAAAAAAAAUUAACUCAGUUUCUCUGCGCCAUUCAAACCGAUCACAAGCAACCAACCAACAACCAACCAAACAAAAGUGAGCUCAUCAUUGAGGUAUCUGAGGACCAUAAUGCCCGAUAAUAGUAAUAAAUUUUGCAAGUCAGAGGAUAUACAUAUACCAGAUUGGAUCAAUGAAAGUUAUUUUAAGAAAUUUUUAAAACGUGAUCUCAGUGAGUUUCGUAAAAUUUUAAAUCUAACAAUAAUACCGGCCACACCUCCAGGUGAGAUUUAUACAUCGUUGCUGAUGCGCAUUAUCAUUGACAUCGAAAUGAAAGAUGGCUUUACGAAACAGAAAUCCUAUAUUAUGAAAACCAUGCUAGAUGAUACCCAAGGCAAUGGUUUUGUCAAUACCCUCAACAUCUUUCCCAAGGAGAAACAAAUGUAUGAAACGAUUAUACCACAUUUAGAAGAGCUCUAUGAACAAACGCCGGAUGGAAAUGCAAUAAAAUUUGCACCAAAAUGUCAUUGGUCGGAGAAUAUAAAUGGCCGCAUUUGCCUAAUCCAAGAGGAUCUAAAGACAAAGAAAUUUCGGAAUAUUAAUCGUCUGAAAGGUUACGAUAUGGCACAUAUGACAAGAGUAUUGGAAAAAUUAGCCGAAUUUCAUGCAGCUAGUGCUGUGUGGCGCCUCAGAAAUGGUCCCUAUCCUGAGGAUUUUCAACGUACUUAUCUACCUGCCAAUUAUCACAAAUCGAAAUCAUAUCAGGCACGUCUACAAAGUUAUAAGACAGCCAUGGCCAGUUGGGGAAUGCCAAAUAUUGAGGAAUAUUUAAAUUGUUUGCCCACUGCCGAUCAGUUUGUUCAGUCUGCUGCCAAUUGUUUUAAUAAUAAUUCAAAAGAAUUUAAAGUUUUAAAUCAUGGUGAUUUUUGGUCAAGUAAUAUACUGUUAAAUUAUAGUCAAUCCGGCGAAAUUAAUGAGCUGCGUUUUGUCGACUUUCAACUAUGCAAAUGGGGAAGUCCCUGUCAGGAUUUGUGGGAAAUUAUCAUUUGCUCAGCUCAUCAUAGUAUACGAAUUAGGUAUUUCGAUAGCUUUAUAAGAAUCUAUCAUACACGUCUAGUGAAAUGUUUAAAAAGACUGAACUAUACAAAACCUCUGCCAAUGCUAAGGGAAUUGCAUAUGAGCAUGAUUAAAUAUGGAUUUUGGGGUUACUUCACUACAUUUAGUCAUUUGGCUUUAAUUUUGCUGCCUGUUGAGCAGGAGACCAAUCUUUCAUUGCUAAUGAAACCCGGGGAAGAUGGUGAUCGGUUUCGUGCCAAAUUGUAUACAAAUCCUCUAUAUGUUCGUGCUGUUCAUAGUAUAUUUCCGUUUUUGCAUAGGCGUGGUAUAUUGGAUUUUUAAUCAUAGUCCACUGACUAUUUGUACAGAUUUAUCUUUUGUUUAGUUGCGACAAAGUCUAGUUUAUUCUUCUUUUUUUUUGUACUCAUACGUUUUUCUAUUUUGUUUCUAAGAAAAUAAACCAAAGUAAUAAGUACUUA